AUGAUGGGGAAGAGUGGAGUGUUUGAAGGGAAGGUUUGUGGGAGUGUUGUUGGUUUGUGUGAGUGGUUUUGGUUGUUGGGUUGUGUGGUUGGGUUGUGUGUGUGGUGUUGGGUUGUGGUGUGGAUGUGGGGUUGUGGGUGUGUUUUAGGGGUUGUUGGGUUGUGUGUUGGGUUUGGUGUGGUUUUGGGUUUGUUUGGGUUUUGUUGGGUUGAUGUGUGUGUUUUGGGUAUGGUGAGUGGUGUUGGUUGUGGUGUGGUUUUGGGUGGUGGGUGUGUUUUGGGUUUGUGGUUGUGGUGUUGGGUUGUGGGGUUGUGUUGGUUGGGGUGGUGGUUGUGGUUAUGGGGUUGUGGGGUGUGUAGGAGGGUUGUGUGGUGUGUGUUUGGGGGUAGUGUGUUGUGUUGGUUUGGUUGUGUGUGUGGUGUGGUUGUGUGGUGUGUUAUGUUUUGUUUGUGUUGGUUGGUUUGUGUUGUGGUGUUGGGUUGUGGGGUGUGGUGUUGGUUGUGUGUGUGGUGUUGGGUGUUGGGGGUUGUUUGUGGGUUGAGGGUGAGUGUGUUGGGGUUGUGUGAUUGGUGUGUUUGGUUGUGGUUGUGGUGUUGGGUUGUGGGUGUGUGUUGUUGUGGGUGUGUGGUGUGGUUGAGGUUGGUGGGGUUGGGUUGUGGUUGGGUGUGGUGUUGGGGGUUGUGGGGUGUGGUGUUUUGGGGUUGUGUGGUGUGUGUGUUGGGGUUUGAGUUUUGGUUUUGGGAUGUGGUGUGGUGUGGUUUGGGGUGUUGUAUGGUGGGGUGGUUUGGGUGGUGGAGGUUUUGGUUUGGGGUGUUUGUUUGGGUGUUUGUGGGGUGUGGGGUGGGUGGUUGUUUGGGGUGGGGUGUGGUGGGGGGGGUUGGGUGGGGGGGGGGGUGUUUGGGGGUGUUGUGGUGGUGGGGUGUGGGUGGGGGUGGUGGGGUGGGGGUUGGGGGGUGGGGUGGGGGGUGUGGGGGGUUGAGGGGGGUUUGGGGGGGUGGUUGUGGGUUUGGGGUGGGGGUGUUGGUUGGGGGGGUUGGGUGUGGGGUGGUAGGGGGGGAAUGGGUUGGGGUUGGGGGGGGGUGGGGGGGGGGGGGGGGUGUGUGGUGUUUGGUGGUGUGUUUGUGGUUGGGGGGGUGGGGGGGUUGUUGGGGGGUUUUGGGGGGGUGGGGGUGGUGGGUUGGUGGGUGGGGGUUUGUUGGGGGUGUGUGUUGUGGGGUGGGGUGUGGUGGUGGGGGGGGGGUGGGUGGUGUGGUGGGGUGGUGGGUGGGGUGUGUGUGUUGUGGGGUGGGGGGGUUGGGGUUGGUGGGGGGUUGUGUGGUGUGUGGGGGGGUUGGUGGGUGGUUUUUUGGUGGGGGGGGGGUGGGGUGGGGUGUGGUGGGUGGUGGGGUGGGGGGUUGGGUGGUGGUGGGGGUUUGGGUGGUUUGGGGGGUGUGUGUUGGGGGGUUGGGUGGGUGGGUGGUGGGGGAUGUGGUUGUGGGGGGGGGUUGGUGGGGUGUGGGUGGGGGGUGUUGGGGUGGGUGGGUUGUGGUGGUGGUGGGUUUGGGGGUUGUGGUUUUUUUGGGUGGGGGGGGGGAUUGGUGGGGUGGUGGGGGGGGGGUGGGGGGGUUGGGGGGUUGGUUUGGGGUGGGGGGUGGUUGGUGUGUGUGUGUUGGGGGGGGGGUGGGUGUUGUGGGUGGGGUUGGGGGUUGUGUUGUUGUUGGUGGGGUUGGGGGGGUGUUGUGGUGUGUUGGGGUGGGGGGGGGGGGGGGGUGGGUGGGUGGGGGGGGGGUGGUGUGGUGUUGUGGGGUGGGGUGGGGGGGUGUGUGGGGGGUGGGGUUUGUUGUGGUUGGGUGUGUUUGUUUUUGGGGUGGGGGGUGUGGGGGGUUGGUGUGUGUGUUGGGUUUGUGGUUGGGGUUUUUGUGUUGGUGGUGUGUUUGGGUUGUGGUUGGGUGGGGUGUGUUGUGUUGGGGUUGUUGUUGGUGUUUGGGGGGUUGGUGUUUGGGUGGGUGGGGGGUGGGGGUUUGGUUGGGGGGGGUGGGUUGGGUUGUGGGUGUGGGGUUGGGGGGGGGGGUGGGGGGGGGGGGGGGGGGGGGUGUGGGGGGGGGGAUGGUGGUGUUGGGGGGUUAUGGGUGGUGGGUGGGGUUUGGUGGGGUUGGGGGUUUGUGUGGGUUGGUGGGGGGGGGGUGGUGUUUGUUGGUGGGUGGUGUGGUGGGGGGGGGGGUGGGGGGGGGGUGGGGGUGGGUGGGGGGGUGGGGUUUGUGGUGUGGGUGGGGGUGGGUUGAUGGGGGGUGUGUGUUGUUUGUGUGGGGGGGGGGUGGGUUGUGGGGGGGUUUUGGGGGGUUGGUGGGGGGGUGGGGGGGGUUUGGGUUGGUUGGGGGGUGGGGUGUGGUGGUGGGGGGGGUGUGGGUGGUUGGUUGUGGUGGUGUGUGUGGGUGGUGUUGGGGGUGUGUGGGGGGGGUGUGGGUGGGUGGGUUGGGGGGGGUGGGGAGGGGGGGGGUGGGGGGUUGGGGGGGGUGGGGGGGGGGUGGUGGGGUGGGGGGGGGGGGGGUGGUGGGGUACGUUGGGUGGGUUGGGUUUGUUGUUGAGUUUUGGUGGGUGUUUUUGGAGUGUGUUGAAGUGGUGGUUGGUGUGGUCAGAGAGUGGUUGUUUGUUGGUGGUGGUUUGGGGGUUGAGUGGUGUGGUGGUGGGUGUUUGGGGUGUGCACGUUUUUUUGUUUGGUUUUGA